GUAAAAAAAACCUAACUCUCUCUCUUCGGUCUGGAUCGCAACCUGAGAGUAGUAGUCUACUCGUUUCUUUCGCAAUGGCAACAGAGUCUCCUCUAAAAGAAAGAGAUUCUCGAUCUCCUUCACCACGAAAACAACGGUCCAUUUCUAGGUCCAGAUCCAGAUCCAUGCCGAGGUCUAGGUCUAGGUCUAGAUCUUUGCCAAGGCAUAUAUCUCCAUCAAGAACCCGUGGAAGGUCUGAAGUUGAAAACCCUGGUACCACUCUCUAUGUGACUGGCCUAUCCACAAGAGUCACCGACAAGGAUCUUGAAUCACAUUUCUCCAAGGAAGGCAAGGUAUCUUCUUGCUUUCUAGUAAUAGAGCCGCGCACCCGCGAGUCUCGUGGUUUUGCCUUUGUUACAAUGGAUACCCUUAAGGACGCUGACCGGUGCAUCAAGUAUCUCAACCAGUCUGUACUUGAAGGCCGUUACAUCACUGUCGAAAGGUCCCGAAGAAAGCGCCCCAGAACUCCCACCCCAGGCCACUAUCUUGGCUUGAAAAGCUCCAGAGACGAUGAGCGGGAUGGCCGUAGCAGUCGAGGGAGGCACUAUGAUCGUGAUGAUUAUAGGCACCGUAGGUCACCAAGACGUGACUAUUCACCCCGUGGUGGUGGUGGAAGGAGGUCACCAAGACGUGAGUAUUCACCUCGUGGUGGUGGAAGAAGUUCUAGAAGAGAUCGAUCUUACUCUCCGUAUGGAAGAAGAAGCCCAGAGAGAAGGUCUGAGAGAAGGUAUUAACCCUGUCUGUGGUGGCUCGAGAUGACCUGUUUAGCUCUCUUGACCAUUGUUGAUUUAGGUUGUGUGAUUGAUCGUCUUCUUUAAAAUAUUACAGAGAUUCUGUUUGGAUGACAACUAUGAUUCUAUGUGUCUUUUUAUCUUAUGUAUGCCGCGGAACGAAGUGAAACUUGCAGUGUAAUAGCUUCUCUUUUUUU